CUCUCUCUUUUCAAAAUAUACUGACUAGUUGCUUAAGUACAGCUUACAUUUCUUCUUUGGCACCUUAACGGUGCUCUAGGCCCUAGGCUGCUUUUCAAACAGUCGGCAGCGGGUUUAGAGCUCAGCCAAAAUGGGUGACGCGGAGACAGAUAAGAACAUUGAGAUGUGGAAAAUCAAGCGGCUCAUCAAGGCCCUUGAAGCUGCGCGUGGAAAUGGAACGAGCAUGAUCAGCCUUAUUAUGCCCCCCAAAGAUCAGGUCGCUCGUGUUCAAAAAAUGCUUGGAGAUGAAUAUGGCACGGCAUCAAACAUCAAGUCGCGCGUCAACCGCCUGUCUGUGCUUUCUGCAAUUACCUCCGCACAGCAGCGCCUGAAGUUGUAUAGCAAGGUGCCUCCUAACGGUCUGGUAGUCUACACGGGCACAAUUAUGACGGAUGACGGAAAGGAGAAGAAGGUCAACAUUGACUUUGAGCCUUUCAAACCCAUCAACACGUCUCUGUACCUAUGCGACAACAAGUUCCACACCGAGGCGCUUAACGAACUCCUGGAGUCGGACAACAAGUAUGGCUUUAUCAUCAUGGAUGGUAACGGCAGCUUGUUCGGCACGCUAUGUGGCAAUACACGUGAGGUCCUGCAUAAAUUUCUGGUAGAUCUGCCCAAAAAGCACGGACGUGGUGGUCAAUCGGCGCUGCGUUUCGCUCGUCUGCGUGUGGAAAAGCGCCACAACUACGUGCGCAAGGUGGCUGAGUUGGCUGUCCAGUUUUUUAUCACUAAUGAUCGGCCAAACGUGGCGGGUCUGGUGCUGGCCGGCUCGGCAGACUUCAAGACGGAGCUCAGCCAGUCGGACAUGUUCGACCCGCGCCUGCAGGCGGUUGUGCUAGGCGUGGUGGACGUGUCGUACGGUGGGGAAAAUGGCUUCAACCAGGCGAUUGAGCUGUCUUCGGAAAUGCUUGCGAACGUGAAGUUCGUGCAGGAGAAGCGGCUAAUUGGGCGUUUCUUUGAGGAGAUCAGUCAGGACUCCGGCAAGUUCGUGUUCUCGGUGAAGGACACGAUGCAGUGCUUGGAGAUGGGCGCCGUGGAGACCCUGAUCGUGUGGGAGAACUUGGACUGCGACCGCUAUGAGCUUCUGAACCCUUCCUCGGGGAAAACAGAAAUUAAGCUGCUGAACGCGGAACAGGCCAAGGACACUUCGCACUUUAAGGACAAGGAGGCGGGCUGUGACCUGGAGGUGCAAGACAAAUUGCCUCUGCUGGAGUGGCUAGCAAACAACUACAAGAAGUUCGGGUGCACGCUCGAAUUUGUGACAAACAAAUCGCAAGAGGGUUCGCAAUUCUGCCGUGGCUUCGGUGGCAUUGGUGGCAUCCUUCGGUACCAGGUAAACCUGGCGGAGCUGGAUGUGGACGAGGACGAUGGCAACGACGCGCUCUGGAGCGAUGAUGACUUCUAGACGGACGACCUUCUGAGCUGCGUCUUAGCUGCGUCGAUAAGGACAGCCACUCUAGACUGCUAGACUUUUGAAGCUGUCCCAAUUGCUCACAGCAUCCGGCGCGUGGCGGUUCGUGGCUUCAGCAAGUGGCAAUGCCGUGAGGCUUUGGAUAAGCCGUUGUCUUGGCUGUGCAGGCGCUGAUGUGCAAGAUGGGCCAAUGACAAAAAAGCCAAGCGAGUUAAAAUGGAUCAACCCAUGUGUGUCUCGGGGCGCGCUGUCCCCGCUCCCCUUAGGCGGACCGGGUGAUCGGGGGCGAGCACCGUAGUUGUUUCCUGGUCGUAAACAUGACCUCUGUACUCAGACCCAAUCAGUCUUUGAUACCUACGCAAGGUACUAGCAUGCCUGCACAAAUCAUUCGUGUUAACAGCGUACUGAUAGGGGGACCUUUUAUUAACGCAUGUGUGAGUAGUUGUCGGAUGUCGGGUGCUUUCGUUGACGGUGAUGGGAGAGGUUGCAUCUCUCUUGGGCUUUGGGUGGGCAGAGCAGGUCGGUGAUGUGCUAGCCUUGUGUCCCUGGGCUUGUAGGGACGUCAUCGUUUUGUGUGUGUGUAGGUACAGCAACUGCAAUUGAGAUUCGAUGGGACAGGUAAGAUGUUUAUACUAGACGCGUUGUUGUAUGCUUAGCUCACGAGGCGCAGUGACGACGUACGAAACCCGGUGGCAAACAGCGCGUCGUUAGCAUGUGCCGAAACAGGCAUUUGACACGGGCGACCCUAGGGAGGUUUGGGGCAACUACCAGUAUGCCUGCAUCGAUCCAAUGCGACGAUUGACGUUUACGGCGGGGUGGAAGGAACGAGUGUUGGCUGGUACUUUUAGGGCACUACCUUACUGCUGAUUCGGCAAGGUGCAUGUCGCUUCCUUCAGUUGUUGGGAACAGUCUGCUGCGCUUUCCCACAAUUGCAUGGUCAUGUCACUCUUAUAAUCACAAGGUAUUUACGUCACAGUGUGCUCGUAGCUUCUGUAUGCGCAUGAAUUUAAAAUCAACUUUGACGGCCAUC